CAAUAGCGAAGAAUGUUUCUUACAUGAGAAACCAUAAUUUUGGUAAAAUCAGUUUCUAAGCCGACAUUUGAGGAUAACCUUAAUCUCCCCAAACUUCGCUCUUUAUAUAACUCACGAUUCCCUUCUCUGUCUCUCAAUCUCCCAGUCACCAAAAUCCUGGAACACUGACCUUUUUCAUAUUAUCACAAUGGCUGAUGAUGCUAAAGACAAAGUUGACCGAGACCGAAUUUUCAAGCGCUUCGACGCCAAUGGCGACGGUAGGAUCUCUGCGUCGGAGCUCGGUGAAUCCUUGAAGACGCUUGGCUCCGUUACCCCUGACGAAGUGCAGCGGAUGAUGGCAGAGAUCGACACCGACGGCGACGGGUACAUUUCAUACGAAGAGUUCACAGAUUUCGCCUGUGCCAACCGUGGUUUAAUCAGAGAUGUUGCAAAGAUAUUCUAAAGUGUUUGUAUACCGUUUAUUGUUCUUUGUUGUUGUUUUCUUUGUUCUGUUUUUUGUUUUACAUUUAAAUGUAGCUUGUCGUGUUUGAUUUGAUGUCUGCAUGAAAAAACAAAUCAAAUGGGCUCCAUUUUCUUAACAUUUUUCAUUAUGGAAAACGUUGAUUUGGUUGUUAAGCUGCAACUUCCAUGAUUGUGUCUCAACCAACCACUUCCAAACAGAACAUCUGUACAAAAAUGAUCAUAUUUACAAAAUCAUCAAUGAUUUGAUUCAACUAAAAUGAGGGAAAAUAAUCUGACUUUUCAACGGCAGAAAAG